UUAACUAGAUAUUAUUGUAACACACAAUAAAACUUUUUACUCACUUAAUAAAUAUUGCUUUUUCAGUAACUAAUUAUAACUAUAUUGUCUUGAAUUUUAACUUAUUAGCUUAUUUGUUAGAAUCACAACUAUUUUGACUUUUACGCCAUUAUACAUCAUAAAAAAUAAAUUAUUAUAUUAUAAUACAGUAGAACCCCGGUUAUCCGUGGUGCGAGGAGAAUAGUAAAAAAAAAUCAGGGCGCCCGACUUUUGAGAUGGAAUACCCAUUUCUUUCCUUGCUCAAUACCACCCUUUGGAGUAAUAAAUUAUUGAAGAUUUGUUGGGUAAAAAAUAAACACCUUGAAUUUAUUCGUAUGUACGUAAUUAUUAAAAAUAUGCACCCAUUCAUUACAAGAAGUAUCCGUAUCGGAGGAGAGAAAUUAUGAAAAAUAAAAUAUUAAACUUUAAAUGUGUAUAUAUGUAAUUAAGGUUUCAGACGCCUGACCUAUUAUUGAUUCUGAGAAGCGUUUAUGCCUAAGUAGAAAGAGUCGCAAAGCCUGAAUUGCUAAUUCAUUCCAGCAAAUGGUUUUUGUUGAUUUUCCCCCUACUCAAACCUCACUUUUGUUCACUUUCAGUGUUUCAGUAGCUUCUGAUUAGUUUUCACCUACUGAUCGGUUGGCUAGUUUCUUUGUUUAUUGACUAUGGCUUCAAAACGUAAGCGUGUCGUGCUUUCUUUGGAACAAAAAGUGUUCAUUAUUAACCGUGUCUUAGAUCGCGGUGAAAGUGUAAGAAAAGUGGCGGGUGAGUUUGGUGUGGGAGAGCAGACAGUGCGUGAUUUAAUUAAACGAAAGGAUGAAAUUUUGCGGUUCAUAUCUUCAGCUGAUUCCACAUCUCUGCUAGCGUCAGGAAGAAAAACAAUGAGGAAGUCAACAUUAUCUGACAUGGAAUCAGCUUUGUUUGAAUGGUUUAAGCAAAAACGUGCUGAAGGGAUUCCUAUCUCUGGACCGAUGGUUUGUGAAAAAGCUAAGUGGUUUCACGAAAGGUUGAAUAUUGAUGAACCAUUUGGAGCUUCACAGGGUUGGUUAUUUAGAUUUAAAAACCGGCAUGGGAUUAGACAAUUAGACAUUCAAGGCGAAAGUCUAAGUGGCGAUUUAACAGCUGCUACAGUUUGCAAUGAGGAAUUUGGUUCAUUGAUCUCAAAAUUAAACUUGUCUCCCGAUCAAAUAUACAACGCAGAUGAAUCAGGGCUCUUUUGGAAAAUGUUACCGUCGAAAACAUUAGCUGCGCAGUGUGAAAAGUCAGCUCCUGGACAUAAAUCUAGUAAGGAAAGGCUCACUGUCAUGACAUGUUCAAAUGCAUCGGGUACACACAAGCUAAAACUAACAGUGAUCGGGAAAGCUAAAAAACCGCGAUCGUUCAAAGGAACAGACGUGAAAAGACUUCCGUGUAACUAUUACAGCCAUCCAAAGGCUUGGAUGAAUCAGGCUAUUUUCAAAGAAUGGUUUUUUCAAGAUUUCGUGCCAUCUGUGAAGAAAUUUCAGGAAGAAAAUGGACUUCCAAAGAAAGCUGUUCUCCUACUUGACAACGCUCCUAGUCACCCAUCAGAAUCUACCCUGAAAACCGAGGAUGGGCUAAUUUUUGUCACCUAACUUCCUCCUAACGUCACAUCAUUGAUACAACCAAUGGACCAGGGCGUCAUUUCUUCCUUAAAACGGAGGUAUAAAAAGAUUUUUCUCCGUUUCCUUCUCCAAGAAAAUUUUGUCGAUUCAAUGAAGGACCUCCUCAAAAUGUGGACAAUAAAAGAUGCCAUUUUUGCUGUUUGUGAUGCAUGGGAAAACUUGCCAUCGAGUACAUUAAGACUUUGCUGGGCAAAAAUUUUGGACCAAGAAUAUGGGGAAGAAGACAACAUGGAUGAGCACGAUGAUGUACAAACUUGCCUUGAACUGUCUAGAUCUAUUCCAGAUUUCAUCAAUGUUGACCGAAACGAUAUUGUUGAUUGACUGCAAAAAGAUGAAAAUGAGGAGGGGUUUGAAAUCCAAACCGAUAGUGACAUUGUAGCGCAUUAUCUUAGUAGUGAUACACCAUCUACUUCUCAACUGCCUGAUUCGGAGGAGAUUGAUAGUGACACUGACAAUUGUUUUGGUCCGACAGAAGAGAAAAUUCAACCAACAAAAGCAAUGGAAGCAAUUGAUAUUCUUCUGAAUUUUUGCGAGCAGGAAAAUUUUGAUUUAAACGACGUCAUCAGUCUCAGAAAAAUCAGGACCGAGGUGAGAAAAGUUAUUGCCAACCGUAAAAAACAAAAACUGAUAACAUCAUAUUUUCGACCUAUGUAAAUUCACUCCCCGAUGUAUUUUUCAUUCUUUUUGAUUUUUUAAUUACUAAGAAUGCAUUCGAUUUAUGUUUUCUUUUGUAUUUUGUACAUAAAUAUAAACUGUUGUUAGAGAAAAUAUGUUACGUAUUUACUUACAAUAGCGUCUAGUAAAAUAUUACUAUCUCCGGGAAUAUCUCUAAUUGGUGUUAAUUAUGUUUGUACAUGCUUAUAAUUGAUAAUUUUGAUGUACUGAUUUACAUUUCUACAAAAAUUGCUGUUCAAUAAAUUUUUUCUCGAUUAACCGUGGUUUUCAUUUAUCCGUGUAAGGGGGACCCCACCAUUACCCCGGAUAAUCGGGGUUCUACUGUAUUUGCAAGAUCACUUCCAGUAAAGCUUCGUUUUUUAGAUGUACUUUCAUCUUCUUUGUUACUAGUAGCUACAUUAUUAGUAUUUUCUUUAUCAAUGUCAGCAGUACUUGAUGUUGCAAACAAAGCUGGCAAAUACUGAUCGAAAUAGAAUUUCUCGCUCUUUAAAAUAACAGUUUCCAAAAAUUCUUCGUCUCUGUGGACUUCAAUGGUACAACUGCCACCUUCAACUGGUGAAAAAACAAAGAGAUCACAAACACUCAUACCACUGACGUACAUUUGUACUUGAACUUGAGUGUAAUAAGCAUCAGUCUUCUUAAGUUCCAACUUAUUAUCUAUGAACUCAAAGUAUUUAACGUUACUCACAUGAUCAGCACGGUUUAUUUUCACAAGAACUCGGACAUUUAAAUUCAACAAUUUUAGAAAUACAACCGUCAUCAAUGACAACUCCAUCAAGACUUGCACAAAGCCAAGGCUGAUAUUUACUAACCAACACACCAACCCGUUUAACAAUACAGUUGUUAAUUUUUUGGUAUUUUUCUUUGGCAUAAUUUUCCAUUUUUAAACCGUAUCUAGUUAAGCUGCUGUCAAUUUUACUAUGAUUUAACAUGUCUGAAACCAAACUUUCAACUGGUUUCCUGCAUAAAACUUUUAUAUUAUGAACGUUUGAGCUUGCAGAAAUUCUUAAACGUCUAGCUUGAAACCAAUUAUUACAAGAAGACUGUUUAACAGUUUCACAAGACAAAUUAACUAGUUCAUUUUCUGAUAAUUUCACGUUUUUUAAAUAAAACUCUCGAAGGUUUGUAUCCAGUUCAUACUCACUUCCAUAAAUUAAAUACUCUUCGCAAAAAAUUAAAAAACUAUUGACACAUGCAGCACAUUCCUCCUUCUCUAAAUUCAAUUCUACUUGGGUCAACAGGGAGUUCAUGACAUUUCUUACUGUAUGUUUAUUAUUUUUUGUCAAUUGUGCCUCCAUGAUUCGUUUUAAUGGCGAAUCAACUUUAAAUUCAGUUACUGAAACGUUCUGAGGUUCAUGUAACCUCUUACUUAGUCGCCAUCAUGUUUUUAAAGUAUUCUCCUUUAGAAUACUUAUGUUUAGCAAAUUGACGUGCGCUUGGCUUGCCCCACUGUUGCUCAUGGCUUGUUUUUGAAGUACUUUCCUCAUUAUUAAUGAAAAAAUCAACGCUGCAACGUGUAUAUACUUAUCGCUCUUAUUGUACACACAAUUACAGUGAACAUUCGUCACACAGCGCUCUGAG